AUGGAAGAACAAUUUACAAAUAUUGAGUAUGUUCUUAUAGCACCAGAUAUAUUAGUGCCCUUAACCUGGCCAAUUUAUGACCUAGAAGAUUUUGUUGUAAAGCUCCUAAGAAAGAUCAUAAGUACCAGCCAACAGGAGAGCCCCAUUAUCAGGGUGCAUGACAUUUCUGUUCGGUUGAUGAGGAAUCACCCAAAUGGGUUUCCCUUCGUGUGUGAAUUGGUGCCUAAUGAACAGGUGAUUGGAGCUGACAUCUACGAUAUUGUUUCUUCGGAGGAUGUGAAAAACAAUUUGAUUGGGAGUGCCAGCGGAAGUGAUCUUAGAGCCUUACAACGAAGGACUCUUUGGGCUCGAACUCGAGAACCCAGAUGCGUUCUACGUUCUCAAGCUCUCGAGUAA